AUGUCUCCAUGGCAACGGCGUAACGCCACGGCCCUGAUUGGACGCGGAGCCUGUCAAUCACCGCCCAAAACAGGCGGCAACCAGGAGAGCAGGCAGGUCACAAGGCACCUGAGGACAAGAGGGAGACAGUACAGCUCACUAUUAGCUCACUACUUACUAUUACUGACUCACAGCUCAUUGCUCACUAUUACUGACUCACAGCUCACUAUUACUAACUCACGGCUCACUAUUAGCUCACUACUCACUAUUACUGACUCACAGCUCACUAUUACCUCACUACUCACUAUUACUGACUCACAGCUCACUAUUACCGACCCACAGCUCACUAUUACCGACCCACAGCUCACUAUUACUGACUCACAGCUCACUAUUACUAACUCACGGCUCACUAUUAGCUCACUACUCACUAUUACUGACUCACAGCUCACUAUUACCUCACUACUCACUAUUACUGACUCACAGCUCACUAUUACCGACCCACAGCUCACUAUUACCGACCCACAGCUCACUAUUACUGACUCACAGCUCACUAUUACUAACUCACGGCUCACUAUUAGCUCACUACUCACUAUUACUGACUCACAGCUCACUAUUACCUCACUACUCACUAUUACUGACUCACAGCUCACUAUUACCGACCCACAGCUCACUAUUACCUCACUACUCACUAUUACUGACUCACAGCUCGCUAUUACCGCACUACUCACUAUUACCGACUCAAGCUCACCAUUGCUUACUCACAGCUCACUAUUACCUCGCUAUCAUAUCACUAUUACUGACUCAUAGCUCGUAAUUACUGACUCACGGCUGACUAUUGCUUACUCACAGCUCCCUAUUACCUCGCUAUCACAUCACUAUUACCGACUCACAGCUCACUAUUACCCACUCACAGCUCGCUAUUACCUCGCUAUCACAUCACUAUUACCGACUCACAGCUCACUAUUACCCACUCACAGCUCCCUAUUACCUCGCUAUCACAUCACUAUUACCGACUCACAGCUCGCUAUUACCGACUCACAGCUCCCUAUUACCGACUCACAGCUCCCUAUUACCGACUCACAGCUCACUAUUACCGACUCACAGCUCCCUAUUACUGGCUCACAGCUCACUAUCACAUCACUAUUACUGACUCACAGCUCACUAUUACCUCACUAUCACAUCGCUAUUGCCGACUCACUGCUCACUAUUACCUCACUAUUACCGACUCACCGCUCACUAUUACCUCACUAUUACUGACUCACAGCUCACUAUUACCUCGUUAUUACUGA